CUCCCACUUGCUUUCGCGCUCAGUCGGCAGUCUGCAGAGCGCACAUGCAGCACGCCACUUUCUGCACUCUCUUUCUGCAUGCAUGCAUAGACUCUGAGUGACAGUCCUGGUCCACUGAGGUCCAAGUGUUCCCAGCGGGGGGAGCGUGGAAGCAUGAGAGGACGACAGGACGAGGGUGGGAAUUAAAGAGAAGAGAAGAGAGAGGAGCUCGGAGGUGGUGGACCGCCAGGCUGGAGAGUUUGGAUUUAAAAACGGGCUUCCAAGCGUCCCACUGAGGGUGAUGAUGUCCUGAAGCGACCUCCUUCCUGACAGAAGCAGGAACACCCGGGUGGUGCCCUUCCUCACCACCACCUCCACCCUCUCGCUAACAAGCGCUGUCACCGUGGCUCAUCCCUCGCCGCCGUCGCCCGACUUCCCCUCUUGAGACGUGACCCGCACAGACCAGCACGCCAAUGCUAGCAAGGAACUGCCUGCUGCUGUUCCUUUGGUUUCACCUCGAGGCGGGCUCUGCCUCGUCGCUUCUACGGCCGCCCUCAUCGCCACUGGCGGGACCCGGCUGGACGGCGGGGAGGGCGCAUGGCAGGAACUCAGUAGGCCCCGCAAGAAAUGGGCCGGCUGGGUUCCAGCGGGUCAAGAGGGGAUGGGUGUGGAACCAGUUCUUUGUGCUGGAAGAGUACAUGGGGUCCGAUCCGCAGUAUGUUGGCAAGCUUCACACUGACCUCGAUAAGGGCGACAGUGCGGUGAAGUACACUCUCUCGGGGGAAGGGGCCGGCUCCAUUUUCACAAUUGACCAAACAACGGGAGACAUCCAUGCCUUAAGGAGUCUGGACAGAGAGGAGAGGCCUUACUACACGCUACGCGCCCAGGCCGUCGACAUCAACACCAACAGACCCCUCGAGCCCGAGUCCGAGUUUGUGAUCAAGGUGCAAGACAUCAACGACAAUGAGCCAAAGUUUUUGGAGGGUCCGUAUCGGGCCAGCGUCCCAGAGAUGUCACCAGUAGGGACGUACGUGACGCAGGUGACGGCAACCGACGCUGAUGACCCCACGUACGGGAACAGCGCGAGAGUGGUGUACAGCAUCCUGCAUGGACAGCCGUACUUCUCUGUCGACCCCAAAACCGGGGUGAUAAAGACGGCCUUACCCAACAUGGACAGAGAGGUGAAGGAACAGUACCAGGUCUUAAUCCAGGCCAAGGACAUGGGGGGCCAGCUGGGGGGUCUGGCCGGGACCACCACGGUCAACAUCACCCUCAGCGACGUCAACGACAACCCGCCCAGGUUCUCCAAAAGUUUUUUCCACUUGCGCGUCCCCGAGUCUUCACCGGUGGGUUCCUCCGUGGGGAGGAUCAAAGCCCAUGACUUGGACAUGGGCAAAAACGCCGAAGUGGAGUACACCAUCGUGCCGGGCGACGGCGGCACCAUGUUUGACAUCACCACCAACGACCACAACCAGGAGGGGAUAAUCAUUCUCAAACGGCCUCUGGACUAUGAGACCAAGAAGGCGUACACCUUCAAGGUGGACGCUUCCAAUGCUCAUCUGGAUCCUCGGUUCCAGACCUUCGGGGCCUUCAAAGACACAGCGACGGUGAAGAUUAACGUCCUGGAUGUGGACGAGCCCCCGGUGUUCAAUAAGCCCGCCUACGUGAUGGAUGUGUACGAGGACACGCCGGCGGGCACCAUCAUCGGAGCGGUGACAGCUCAGGAUUUGGACGCCAGCAGCAGUCCAGUCAGGUACUCCAUCGACUGGAGGAGCGACCUGGACAGCUACUUUGACAUCGACCCGGUGGAGGGGACCAUCUCCACCAAUGAGCUGCUGGACCGGGAGAGCGUGGCCUGGCACAACAUUUCCAUCGUGGCCACCAAGCUGAACAGUCCGGUUCUGACCAGCCGAGUGGCCGUCUCUGUGCACGUGUUGGACAUCAACGAGUUCCCCCCCGAGCUGGCCAGCCCUUAUGAGAGUUUUGUGUGCGAAAACGCCAAAGUUGGACAGGUGAUUCAGCUGUUCAGUGCAAAGGAUCAAGACGUACCAAACGCUGGGCAACAGUUCUCCUUUAAAGCCACAAAGGACGACUUCAGCAACAGGAAUUUCACCGUAAGGGACUUUGGAAACAACACGGCCGGCAUCGUCACCAAGCGCAGCGGAUUCCGGCGGCGCUCGCAGGAGAUCUACCGCCUCCCCGUUGUCAUCGAGGACAACGGCUACCCCUCCAAGAGCAGCACGGGGACGCUGACCAUACGAGUCUGCGGCUGCGCGGCGGACGGAGCCCUGCUGACGUGCAGCGCCGAGGCCAUCUUCCUGCCUGUGGGCCUCAGCACGGGAGCGCUCAUCGCCAUCCUCUUGUGCAUCGUCAUCCUGCUAGUUAUCGUGGUCCUCUACGUGGGCUUGAGGCGCCAGAAGAAGAAGGAGACCCUCAUGUCGUCCAAGGAGGACAUCCGGGACAACGUCAUUCACUACGACGACGAAGGUGGCGGCGAGGAGGACACGCACGCCUUCGACAUGGGAACGCUCCGCAAUCCCAAAGUGGUGAAGGACAACCUGUACCGCCGUGAUGUCAAACCGGAGAUCAAGCGGAGUCCGAGAGCGCCCGCGUCCAAGGACAGCGCCGACAUCCGGGCGUUCAUCAACCAGCGGCUGAAGGACCACGACGGGGACAACUCUGCGCCGCCGUACGACUCGUUGGCCACGUACGCCUACGAGGGCAACGGCUCUGUGGCCGAGUCGCUCAGCUCUAUCGAGUCCCUCGCCGUGGACCUGGAGGAGGACUACGAUUACCUCAACGAGUGGGGGCCCCGCUUUAAGACACUGGCGGGAAUCUUCGGCGAGGCGUCGGGAUCUCAUUUGGACUUGGCAAACGCGGAGACCACGCACUGAGGCGGACGACAGACUCCAGGAGCAAAUAUGUAACAUUUUGUUGGCGACGCCACGUUAACAUCUGUAUUUUUUUAUUCUUUUACGUUCACGGUCGGUCCCAAAAUUGUACAACUGAAAGGAAAAACGAGCGCAAACAACGAUCGGAUCGGUUAUCUCCCGUUUGAAUGUUGACGCGUAUCCGUGGAGAUGAUGUCACUUCUUUGACCAUCCUUAAAAGUGCCUCAACUUGACAUUUCACGUCCUACGUUUCACGACCGACGUCACUUCUGUGGCCCCCGUCAGGCCAAAGAUGAUUUGAAUGUUAUUUAUCCUUCUAUUUAUUUGUUGGGCUGAUUGGAUUGUUGGCUAUUUAUCUAUUUAUCUCUCAUGCUUCUGUAUAUUUUUUUUUAUUUGAUUAUUUUUGGAGACACUUUUUGUAAGGAAGGCCCGGGUGAAAAUGUCCUGUUAGGUGAAUAGACUUGUACUAGACUUGUAAAAAAAAAAAAAAAAAAAAAAGAAAGAAAAAAAAGAAGAGGCAUUAGGGCUAAAUACUGCAGUUGUGUCAUGUUACAAACACCCUUUUCUUAAAUAAACCACACUGGGACAAAAAGUCUAAGUUUCCUCAAAGCACAUCUACAUUUGUCAAACUUGGGGAAAUCAUUUCCAACCUUUUCCAACAAGAGAUUAACCUCAUAACACCCCCUUGCAGCCCCCCUUGUCAGCCAUCAGAUAACACAGUGUUAAGUUGACCCGCUCUUCUUACAAUAAUCCACGCAAUAGGACACGUUCUACCGUAUCGCACUUGAGAAAUAAUCCUUUUUUCCCCUGACAAAUGGACAAUUAAAUGAAAGAGUGAGCCAUCGACAUGUUUGCAGUUGGUCUAAGAGCAACAUGAAAGGCAGACUGAAGGGAAGCGACCCUCGCAAUAUCGCGGUUCGAUUAUCGCUUGCUCGUGAUAUCGGAAAUUAAUGAUUAAUAAAUGAUCGCUGUUUCCUGGUGGACUGUGGUCUAUUUUUAGUCAAAAAACAUUGAAAUACAAGUAAUAAUGUAGUAUUGUGGUCACUAGGCGGCAGUAAUGAAACAAAACAUUGAAACAUUACCUUACAUUACAUUACCUUAACAAUGCAAAGUCAUGAAGCCUGACCAAAAAUACAUUCCAAAAUAUAUUCAGGAAUAAAUCAUGCUGCUUUGUGAUUGAGUACAGCUUAUUACUCCUCAAAACAUAUGCACAUUUAAGCAAAUGUCACGUACUCUUGGCCUAAAUGAAGCAUUUUCACGCAUAAAAAUUGCUAAUUGAACUAAAAUAAGAUGUUCAAAAGUUGAUGAAAUGCAGUAUUCAACACUGGUCGCUAGGUGUCAGUCAUGUUACCGUCAUGUUCGGUGAGACACACAAGCGCAGAAUGAUCUCACAACAGGCAAAACAGUCCCUUAAAAAAGAUCCCUAAUAAAAACACAGGCUAUAGCUGAAACUCAGCUCUGAACCCCUGGCGUCACUUCCUGUCCACCUCGCUUACAGAUACUUUAGGGAACACAUUUAUAGUACCACUUAUGUCUACUAUAUUGGUAAUAGGAGUGUAAAGAUGACUAUAGGGGUGUUAUUUCAUGUCUAGAGGGCUCUAAUACUGUUAAAAACGUUAUAACACAAGGUUGUAAACAGGUUUUCUAUGCUCAAACGAUGAAAAUAUUUCAUUUAUGAAUAAGAAUGAGUAUCACGGUCGGGUCUAUAAAUUACAAUGGACUACUUUGUUAUGUGCAAUAUUGUACAAAAACCAAGGACAAUUUUGGCGAAUCACACAAAAACUGUACAUUUGACCGUAAAUAUCCAUCUAAAUUGCUGGCUAUUGUGAGUACGAGAGGCGACCAAGGUGACUGCUGUUGCUUUUCCAGCCUGCUGACUGGCUAAAACAGCACUGCAGCCAAUUCAUUUCCUUGUGGACAGACAUUGUUGUGCAUGAAGGCCGGUUUCUGGCAGGCCAAUAGAGACUGUUGAAACGAGUACCGUGGCUACGCAUUGUGAUUAAAAACAACACCC